AUGUCUUCUCUCCUUCGUUCCUUCGCCGGUCCUGCGCGCUUCGCAGUCAAGGCCACCUCGGCUCGCUCAGUUCUUGCGAAGCCUACCGUCUACCGCUUGCCCACCCAGGCUCGGGCACUGUCCGUGACGGCUUCGCUCACAUCCAAGAAGACUGAGGUCAUUAAAGAGACUGAGGUCCCUGUUUCGAUUUACAGCCCUGAUGGGAAAGGCGUCUCUGCGAGUCCUGAUCACUUCAGCAUCCCCGUGCAUGGGAAGGCGCAGCAAGCCGCCACUGUGACCGAUCCAGAGAGCGAAGAUGUCACUCCUCUGGAUCCCAAAGUCUUCAAGUCAAUGCCGCCCACUUUGCAGAAGAUGACUGUCAUGGGCAAGGUGAUCGUUGUCACUGGGGGUGCUCGGGGUCUGGGCAACUAUAUGGCACGGGGUUGCGCUGAGGCAGGUGCCAAGGCCAUCGUCAUCUUCGAUGCCAACCAGAACCUUGGCGACGAGGCUGCCGAGGAGCUGCACCACAAAUCUGGCAUCGACGUGUCUUUCUUCAAGGUAGAUGUCCGUGACGGGAACGCCAUCAAUGCUGCUGUGCAACAGGUCGUGAACCUGUACGGCGCUCCCGAUGUGCUUAUUAACUCGGCCGGUAUUGCCGAUUCCAACAUCAAGGCCGAGGACUAUGAUCCGGCCAUGUUCCGCCGUUUGAUCGACAUCAACCUGACAGGCUCCUUUUUGAUGGCUCAGGCCGUGGGUCGGGCCAUGAUGACUGCCAACAAGCCUGGCUCUAUAGUCCUCGUUGCCUCGAUGUCUGGAACCAUUGUCAACUAUCCGCAGGAGCAGUCUUGUUACAAUGCCUCGAAGGCCGGUGUUGCCCAGCUCGGCAAGUCUCUGGCUGCCGAGUGGGCCAAGUAUGACAUCCGUGUCAACUGCAUUUCCCCUGGCUACAUGGACACUGCCCUCAACAAGGUUCCUGCUCUUGAUGCCCAGAAGAAGAUCUGGCGCAAUCUGACGCCACAAGCCCGUCUGGGCAAUGUUGACGAGCUCAACGGGCUGUGCCUCUUCCUUGCAUCCGACUCCAGCUCCUUCAUGACUGGGGCCAACGUCCUCAUUGAUGGUGGCUACUCUCUCUACUAG